AUGUGGACAACAACCAGUGGCCUUCGGGGCAAGAGGCUCCAUCUCGCCAUCACAAUUAUCUCCGUCACCGGCUUCUCCCUGUUCGGUUACGAUCAGGGUCUGAUGUCCGGACUGAUUACUGGUGACGAGUUCCCCAAUGAGUUCAAGGCCCUCAAGACCCCCGAGGGCGCUCCGCAGUCCGUGAAGAACCAUGUCUCGGUCUUGCAGGGUGCUGUUACUUCUUGCUACGAAAUCGGUUGUUUCUUUGGUGCUGUCUUCACCCUAAUCUGGGGUGAGCGUAUUGGUCGUACUCCCCUUUUGCUCGCCGGUGGAAUUCUGAUGGUUGUCGGCACUGUCAUCUCCACUGCGGCUUUCGGUGAUCAAUGGGGUCUAGGCCAAUUCGUUAUCGGCCGUGUCAUCUCCGGUCUUGGUAACGGUAUGGACACUGCCACCAUUCCCGUCUGGCAGUCCGAGUGUUCGCGUGCUCACAACCGUGGUUUCCUCGUGUGCUUCGAGGGUGCCAUCAUCGCCGUCGGUACUUUCGUCGCCUACUGGAUCGAUUUCGGUUUCUCGUAUGUCAAAAAUUCGUCCCAGUGGCGUUUCCCCGUCGCCUUCCAGAUUGUUUUCGCCCUGGGUGUCAUCGGUGGCGCUCUUACUCUCCCCGAAUCCCCUCGUUGGUUCGUCAUGCGAGGCCACGACAACGAGGCUCUGCAGGUUUUGGCCGCUCUCAACGACAGUUCUGUUGAUGCCGAGGACGUCUUGACCGACUACAACCUCAUGAAGGCUGACCUGAAGUCCACUGAGAAUGCUAAGGCCAGCUGGAAGACCCUCUUCACUUUCGGCAAGACCCAGGAAUUCCAGCGUAUGAUGCUCGGUUGCUCUGGCCAGUUCUUCCAGCAGUUCACUGGUUGCAAUGCUGCCAUCUAUUACUCCACUCUGCUGUUCCAGAACAACUUGCACAUCGAGGGCAAGCUCUCCCUGGUCCUGGGUGGUGUCUUCGCCACUGUGUACGCCCUGGCAACUAUCCCCUCCUUCUUCAUGAUUGAGAAGGUCGGUCGUCGCAACCUGUUCCUGAUUGGUUUCGCUGGCCAAGGUGGAUCCUUCAUCAUCACCAUGGCUUGUUUGGCUGCUGGCGGUACUGAGAACGCCAAGGGUGCUGCUGUUGGUAUCUUCUUGUUCAUCUGCUUCUUCGCCUUCACUACGCUGCCUCUCCCCUGGAUCUACCCUCCCGAGGUCAACCCCCUGCGUACCCGUACCAUGGCUGCUUCCGCCUCUACUUGCACCAACUGGAUCACCAACUUCGCCGUCGUCAUGUUUACUCCCUUGUUCUCCGCGGCCUCUCCCUGGGGUAUCUACCUCUUCUUCGCCCUGAUUAACUUCAUCGGCAUCCCAUUUGCUUACUUCUACUACCCCGAGACCGCUGGUCGUGAUCUUGAGGAGGUCGACAUUAUCUUUGCCAAGGCCCACGUUGAGAAGAAGUGGCCUUUCCAGGUCGCCGCCUCUCUCCCCAAGCUCUCCCCUGCCGAGAUCGCCGAGUACCAGGCUGCCCUUGGUCUCGAUACUGCCGACCACACUGCCUCCGCUGAGGCUGAGAAGAUAGAGACCGCUCUGAGCAGUGGCGAUGAGAAGGGCCACUCUGAGUAG